AUGCCAUUCCUCAGCUCACAGCAAUCAUCGUGGAAAGACGGUUACCUUCUUGGCCAACAGUCCGAUGACGAAGGCAGCGAUGUUUUCGAGAAGUCAGGGGCGAGCUUGCCAGAGCGCCGCUCUUCUAUACCACGAUUACUCCUCAUCUAUACCACUCUUGCAACCUGCUACUCAUUCCUGAUAACCGCCGCCUUGAUUCGCCACACGGUCAGAUCCAAAUACGCAGGACCAAACAUAAUCUACAGCAAGUUGUGUGAACAGUCUCAAACGACGCCUGGCUAA